CCUCCCAUCUCCACGGUCUCGCUUGUUCCAAGCAAGCAGCCACCACAGGACGCGCACCUGCGCCCCCAGUGAGCGCAGGUUUUGGCGCAGCAUCCGCGGGGCGCGCGGCAGGUGCAUCCUACAGGUGCGUCGGCCCGGUCCUUCCACAGUGGCCGCGCCUCCUCGAGGCGGGGCGACUUCCGGGCUGGCGGCUGGACACGGGGGCGGAGGCGGCUGGACGCGCGGGCGGAGGCGGCUGGACGCGCGGGCGGGGGCGGCCGUUGACCUGGCCAGCGCGGCGGCGCCGCCCGAGGCAGCCGCGACUCGCUCGGAACCCGGAUCCCGGAUCCCUCGAGCCUUCUUCCUCCCGGAGUCGGGGGAGGGGGCAUGGGGCGCCGCCCUCUUCGGCCUUGGCCGUCGUCGCCGCCGCUGCUGCUGCUGCUGCUUUCCCUCCGCGUCCAGCUCCGCUUUCCGCCUCCGGCUCGCGGCUGACGGGAGACGGAGCAGCCAUGAACGCCAACCCCCAGUGGGACGUCAGCAGGGCGCUGGGGGUGGCCAGGCUCUUCCAGGUGGUGUGUGGGGUCCGAGAUGGCUCGGUGACCCCGUUUCUGACCCUGUACCUGCGGCAGCUGGGCCUGGCCGCGCCCUGGGUGGGCGUACUCAUGGGUACCAAGCACCUGGUGGCCGCCUUCUGGGCCCCCUUCUGCGCCUUCGUGGCGCAGAGAUACCAGAAGAGAAGGGCGCUGCUGACCGGCUCCCUGCUGGGCUCCAUGGGAGCCAGCCUGCUGGUGGUCCUGGUACCGCCUAUGCCCCAGGAGCUGGGAUUGAGCCCUUGUGAUGUUGAGAGCCGUAUCACAACUGUCACAGCCCAACCGCUGGAGGUCACGGUCUCCUUGAACUUCACUUCGCCUAACCUGGAGUCCUCAUUGGUCUUGGGAAGCCACCCAGCAGAGGUGCCGCACCUGUCCCACAGGAGAAGCCCUGGCCUGGGCGGACUUGGCAGGAAUGCCCAGGAUACCUUCCAAGGUCCCCCUGGCCACCUAACGGGCUCUGUGGCGGAAACCAGAACCACAACCCGAGUCCUCCUCCCGGAUCCUGUGGCUGUAGAGGAGGACGCCCACGCCUGGGACGGUGCUCUCGAGGUGGUGAACAGUGCCCUGGCUUUGAUGCCAGGUGACGCCUCAGAGCCGGGGAAUACAGCCAUCAGCAACAUGUCAGCCACUGCAGAGGAGGGCCAGGCCCUUGACCACCCCUGGGAAGGACUGCGGUGGACUUUCGCCCUCGCCCUGGGCUCCGUGGUGCUCUGGGAGCUGCUGACGACACCCCUGGAGCCAGUGGUCGACGACAGCCUCUAUGAGCAUCUGGAUUGUGUGGAUGCCACCGACCGCUACAACAGCCUAUGGAUGUGGAGGUCGCUGGGCCUGGUGGCAGGUGCGUGCAGCAUCGCCGCCCUGGUGGAGCAGCUGGGCUGUUUCCUGGAAGCCGGCGGCCCUCAGGGAGCCGUGCAUUUCUACAGCUACUCGGCGGUCAGCCUGGUGGCCUUGCUGGUGAGCCUUGCCAUCCCCAUCCCCAAGUGCCUCCCGCAGGUGCCCCGCCCCAGGACCCUCAAAGCCCUGACUCUGGUGGGGGGCGCCCCCCGCCUCAUCCUCCUGGCCCUCACCGUCGUCCUGCUGGGUGCUGUGGCCAGCACCGUACAGAACUUUCUGUUCUGGCACAUGAGGGACCAUGGCAGUAGUGAGUUGGUCAUGGCCUUGGCGUUUGCCCUGGGCCUGCUGGGUGAGAUGGCACUGCAUCCCUGGAAGUCGGUGUUGCUGGGCAAGGUGUCCAGGGCGGCCGCCGUGGGGCUGGGGCUGGCCUGCCUUGCUGGGCAGCUGCUCUACUAUUCAUUUCUGUGGAGCUGGUGGUCCGUGCUCCCCGCACAGGCCCUGAGCGCUUUCAGCAGUGGGGCACUGUGGUGGGCUGUGGGUGCCUCCCUCGAGGACCUGGCCACCUCAGGCACCGAGAGACCCCUGAGCGGCAUGUUCCGAGAGCACCUGUAUGGGGGUGGCUGCAGCCUGGGCAGCUUCAUUGGGGGUUUUGUGGUGAUGCGUUUUGGCCUGGCCACGCUCUACCAGGCCUGCUGUCUGCUGCUGAUGCUCUGGCUGGCCCUGUACUUGGCUGUCCAGCCCAAGUUGCCCCAGGAACGUAGCAUCAACUACUCGAAGCUGCUGGCAGUGGAGACGAGUGACACAAGCGACUCAGAGCCGGGCCUGGACCAGGACUGGUUUGUGAAGGCCAUGAAGGAGGACCACGCGCCUUGGAAGGGCUGAGUGAGCAAGAGGGGUCAGAGUAGGGGAAGGGACAGCGGUCGGCAUGCACCGAGCCGGCAAGGAAGUCGUGAUCUAGACCAAACCCGGUCCGUGGGGAGGAGGAAGGCCAGGGCUGCGGAAGACUAUGUGGAGAUCGUCUGGUCCCUGGGGUCUCUCUUUUGUAGUAAAAGGAGAUGGAUGAGCUGUUGGUCAUUCAAAUCUCUUGUCAAUAAUGGAGGACGAAUACAUUUGCUAAAAAAUAAAAGAAAAAAACACAACUUUUUAUUCUAUGUGCUGUAUUCUGAUGUAUAAAAGCGUUCGUGUUUCUGAGAGAGGGAGAGAUGGUCUCCUACCUGCUGGUUCGCUCCCUAAAUGACAA